AUGUCUAGUAUCCUUGCUCCGGGGCCCCCCCUGGCCACCGGAGCUACAGGGUCUUCUUUACAGGGUUCUGGGGGCCCCCUCUCCUCAUCCCUGGGGGGUGUGGGGCCCCAAACGCUUGCAUGCGAUGUGCUGCAGCUGCAUGCGCUGCAGCUAGAUGGUCCAUUUCGGGCCUAUAGGGGGCGUGGCAGUGCAGCAGCAGCAGCAGCAGCAGCUGCUGCUGCUGCUGAGCUGCAGCAGCAAAAUACAAGUUCUGCUGCUAUUGCCAUGGAAAGCCAAUUAAGAGAUAAUCCCUUCGAUAGACAAACAUGGGAUGCUCUAAUAGCUGAGUCUCCUUCAUCAGAUUUAUUAGAGAGGGCUCUUCUUAUAUUUCCUACUUGUGUAAAUUAUUGGCGACAAUUAGCAGAAUAUGAAUUCUUUAGAGGAAAUAUAAAUAAGGCAAAAGGGGUUUAUGCUAGAUCCUUGCAUGCAUGCCCUCAGCUAGAGCUGUGGAUGUCCUACGUCAAGUUUGUUUACUGUACGGGCACUGUUGAUGAAUUCCGUCAGGCAUUAACUCGAGCAGUAGAGAAGGCCACAGGCCCUUUGGUUCCAACGGACUUGGAGCAGAAAGUGUUUAGAGCCCCAUUAACUCCUGGGGGCUCCAGCCUCACCGAGCAAUAUACCGACAUUAACUUGCUGCGUACAGCUUUCCAAUCUUGUUUACGUCGUCCUAUUGCGGGUUUGGAGGGUAUAUGGGGUGCUUAUUGCGCAUUUGAGCGAAGCGUCAAAUCCAAUAUGCAAUUAACAUCUAAACUUCUUUCUUCUUUUGAGGAUAAAUUUGCUGCCUCUAAGAGGGCAUAUGCUGAGUUGAUGAAGCUUAUGAAGGAUAUUGAUUGGUCUUCUGUGGCGCUUCCGCUCACCAUUCCUGACAAGUCGCGACACGCGCAUGCAUCAUCAUGGCGUCAAGUAUUAUCUUAUGAGAAAAAAAACCCUCUAGGGUUUACGUAUUCAGAUUUUUUAGCUAGGGUUUCUCAAGCUUACCAGACAUGUCUUCUUUCUUGUGCAUUCAUGGCUGAUCUUUGGUUCGAUUUCUUCCAAUUCCUUCUUGCUCAUCAAAUGCCUACUAAAGCCUCUGAGGUUCUUCGCCGCGCAAUUGACAGGUUUCUUCCGGGCGACGGGAAUAGGAGCAUGGCGUGCAUGUUUUAA